ACCAAAUAUCUUUUGUUGUCUGUAUUCAACAUCUAAAUGGCUAACUCUUUCAUUUUGUUUGUCAUCCUAGCAUCAAUUGCAGCAGUGCAAUUAAGAGUGGAAGCAGGGAUGUGCUCGUUAACAAACGAGAAAUGCGAUGUGCGGAAUUGUGAGGAAUAUUGUAAAACUGAAGAAAACGAUGGUAAUAUGUCGUGGUUUUGUGAUGAGUAUAACCUAUGCACAUGUGUUUACAAUAUUGAUAAUUCCAAACAUGCGCGAAGAUGUAGCAUUGGAGUGGGAUCUUGCAAUGGUGGUAAACCGGAAUGUGAUUCAAAGUGUAAGAGCAAAUAUCCAGAUAGGGAACCUAGUGGAGUUUGUUUUGAUUAUUUUAAUGGUAUUAAGAUGUGUAUUUGUACCUAUGCUAGUUGAGUUACUACUUCUUAUGUUACUCCAAAAUAAAUAUAUGUAACAAACUUUUAUUUAUAAUAUUGAAUAAAGGAAAUGUUAUAUUGCAUGUAGAUUAA